GAGUUCCACAAAUCCAAGCCACAACCCAUAUUUUUCCUUUCCCACGGUGGGCCUACGUUUGCCGAUAAGCACGACAAGGUUGGAAGCAACGUCGGCGCAUGGAACAAGACAAGGCAGAUUGGCAACUACAUCAAAAACGAACUCAAACCUGACUACAUCAUCGUCGUAUCUGCCCACUGGCAAUCUGAUGCACCUAACACGAUCGAAGUCUCCAUUCCAGGUCCAGACGAAAAUGCCCUCAUAUACGAUUUUUAUAACUUCCCACAAAAGUUUUACGACUCGCAGUUCCAUACGGUCACAAACAGGGCACUGGCAGACGACAUUGUCAAAACUAUCGGAGAGUCCGGCUUUUUCAAGGCAAAGACUAGAGAAAGAGGCAUUGACCACGGCGUUUUUGUGCCAUUCAAAAUCGCUUUUGCCGACACCGAAGUUGCUGACUCUGAGGAGCUUGACGUCGACGUCCCAGUUAUCCAGGUCUCCUUGGCAGCAAACUCAGACAUAGAAACUCAUUUUAGACUUGGACAGGCUCUCAGCAAGUACCGGGACCAAAACGGUCUUGUGGUACUCUCUGGCGCUUCUGUACACAACUUGAAAGAUCUCAGGUCCCCGGGACCUGGCGAGUCGUACGAAUAUGCCGCACCUUUCAACCACUUGUUGACCGAUAUAUUGACACACGAAGAUUCGUCAGCAGUACUGCCAAAACUCAUCAAAAUACCUGAAACUCCAGAAUUGAACAAGAUCUAUGUGGGGGCCCAUCCAACCAACGAGCACUUUCUUCCAGCAGUCAUUGGUGCUGGUGUGUCCAGGGGCGACAAAUGUAAACUCCUUUAUAGUGACCUUAUUGCAUCCUUAGGCUGGAACCUGUACGGAUGGGGGCUA